GGGGGAGCUUUAUAGUGAAACGAGGAAGGUUUUGUGAGGGGUAAUGCCAUUGUCAACAAGCACUGGGAGAUGCCUUAAACUCCUGGAGAAAUGCAAGAAUCUGAAGCAACUAAGCCAAGCUCAUGGCCAAGUGAUCACAUGUGGGCUUGAGAACAACACUUUUGCCCUCAGCAGGCUAUUAGCCUUCUGCUCAGAUCCCAAUCUUGGAAACCCAACCUACGGAUGGACAAUCUACCAGAGAAUUCAACAACCCACCAUCUGCAUUGUCAACACCAUGAUCAAAACUUUCUUGCUCAAGGGAGAUCUGAGCAGAACUAUAGAGACCUACAAACAUAUGCUCAAAACUGGGAUGUGCCCAGAUAAUUACACACUUCCCUAUCUGUUAAAAGCUUGUGGUAAUAUGAAAAGUUGUAAUCUUGGGAGAUCAAUUCAUGGGCAGUGCUUAAAACUUGGAUUCUUGAUGGAUAGUUAUGUGGGGAAUAGCCUGAUUGUAAUGUACUCUAGUCUUGAUAACAUGGAAUGUGCACAGUGUGUGUUUGAUGAAAUGCCUAGACAUUGUGUGGUGGCUUGGACAGUUCUUAUCUCUGGGUAUUCAAGAAAGGGUGAUGUUUUUGAAGCAAGGUCGGUUUUUGAUGAGACCCCAGUGAAGGAUAGGAGAGUAUGGGGGUCUAUGAUAUCUGGGUAUGUACAGAACAAUUGCUUUAAAGAAGGGUUGCAGCUGUUUAGGCUAAUGCAGAUGACUGGGGUUCAGCCUGAUGAGGCAAUUCUGGUCAGCAUACUUUCAGCUUGUGCCCAUCUGGGUUCACUGGAUAUAGGCAAAUGGGUGCAUAGAUAUGUGGAGAAGUUGGGAAUGGCAAUAAAUGUGAGACUAGGCACUGCUCUUGUAGACAUGUAUGCGAAAUGUGGGUGCUUGGGUUUAGCCCAGAAACUGUUCUAUGAAUUGCCCAAGAGAGAUGUUAUUUGUUGGAAUGCCAUGAUUUCUGGAUUUGCAAUGAACGGGGAUGGUAAAAACGCGGUGAGAUUAUUCCAAGAGAUGCAAAAUGCUGGGACUAGACCAGACGGUGUUACCUUCGUUUCUUUGUUCACUGCUUGUAGCUCUUCGGGAAUGGCACACGAAGGUCUGAAGCUGCUGAGAAUCAUGUGCAACACAUAUAACAUUCAGCCUAAAGGCGAGCACUAUGGGUGCAUAAUAGACCUUUUUAGCCGGGAGGGUCUGGUUGAAGAGGCGAAAAAUAUAGUUCUGAGCAUGCCAAACUCGGGUGCUUCUGCUGUGGCCUGGAGAGCAUUGUUAAGUGCUUGUGCCAAUCAUGGGCAGGUUCGUUUGGCCGAGGUUGCUGCAGAGAGGAUUGUGGGGUUGGAACAGCACAGCGGGGCGUAUGUUUUGCUUUCUAACGUUUACGCUGCAGCAGGGAAGCACGAGGGCGCGAGAAGGAUGAGGAAGAUGAUGAAGAAGCAGCAUAUAGACAAGACACCAGGCUGCAGUUCUGUGGAGAUCAAUGGUUGUGUUCAUGAGUUUGUUGCUGGGGAGAAAACACACCCUCAGAUGAAUCAAGUUCAUCAGCUUCUACUAAUGUUCAAUAGGCAGGUAGACACUCAGUUCUAAGUUCUAACUGUUAAGCUGUAUUGUAUUUUUCUUUUACUUCUUAAACCCCCGAACCCCUAUCCAAGAAUGUCGGAGGAGGUAAAUCGCGAGUCAUCCAAUAAGUCUUCAGUUUCCACAUUGAUAAUUAUCCAAGAAUGUCGGAGGAGAUAAUCGCGAAUCAUCCAAUAAGUCUUCAAUUUCCACAUUGAUAAUUUAUUGGAAAGUCCUAUUGUUAGAGCAAGACUUCUAGGAUGACCCUUAAACAGUUGAAUUGAGCUAAGCCCCGCAGGGUUGUCUUGUAUUUUUUAUUUCCCAAUUUUUUUUAUUCUUUCUUUCUCUAAUAAAAAUAGAGAAUUUCUUUAGUUUUUUUUAAUACAUAGGUUAAAUGUAAGUUUUCUAGCAUAAAGUAAUCUUAAGCUCUUA